AUGUCUGAUAACGUCGGUCUCUCCACUCCCCGAGGUAGUGGUACUUCUGGCUACGUCCAGCGAAACCUCGCCCACAUCAAGCCUCGCGACUACGGCGCGCCGUACCCCAAGGACCUCGACAGCUUGCGGCAUAAGCAGCGGCAACCCGACAAGGGAAUAUUGGAGCACGAUCGCAAGCGCGAGGUUGAAGUUAAGGUCUUUGACCUCAGAGAUCAGCUAGAAGAUGAAGAGGUUGAUGAAGAGGAGAUUGAGAAACGAUGCGAUGAGCUCCGAAAAAAGCUCCUUGCCGAGAUGAACUCCGGUAGAAGGGGCGCCGGACCCAAGAAGGCGUUCAAGCAACACCAAGUUCACGAGAUGGCCGACGCCAAGAUCAAGGAGAGCGAGCGACUACGAAAAGCCUUGAAGAUCAGUGCCGACUACGAAGAGGGAAGUCACUGGAAACGACAGGAAGAGAGACUGCGCACUGCUCUGGAUAAGGACGAUGGUGAGGAAAAGGAGAAG